AUGGGUGAGCUCGGUAACAAACUAGGUCUGGAUGAGCUCUCUGGGGGUGCAGCAGGAAUCAGCAAGGCUCUACUCGCUGAGUUCAUCGGUAACUUAUUGCUGAACUUAUUCGGAUGCGGCGCUUGUAUUAACAUAGCUCAGGGCUCGGAAGGAGUUCCUGACAUCGUACUUAUAGCCCUUGCAUUCGGAUUAGCGGUCUUCGCCAUUGUUUCCGCGAUAGGUCAUGUGUCUGGGGGACACGUGAACCCCGCUGUCACAGUAGGCAUGGCUGCCACAGGACGUGUUAAACCCGUACGAGCUGUGCUAUACAUAAUAGCUCAAUGCGCUGGCGCGGCCGCGGGGUCGGGGUUACUCAAAGCCUUCACCCCAGAAGCUGUCGCCGGCAAAUUGGGGGUCACAGCCCUUGGGAAGAACGUCACCCCACUACAAGGAUUCGGCAUUGAAUUCUUCCUAGGUUUCGUCCUCGUCUUCGUUGUAUUUGGGGUAUGCGAUCCUAACAAAUCGGACAGUAAGUCGACGGCGCCACUUGCCAUCGGUCUGACAGUAACCCUGGGUCACUUGCUGGCCGUGGACUACACCGGCUCAGCCAUGAACCCAGCACGUUCCUUCGGAUCAGCACUGGUUGCCAGCGACUGGGCCGAUCACUGGGUGUACUGGGCGGGUCCUAUAUGCGGUGGCGUCGCUGCCUCCUUGUUAUACUCACACGGACUAGCCGCGCCGCCCGAAGCUGCUCCUCCACGAUACAGACCAGUGGCCGGAGAUGAGAAAGAGCUCAAACGCCUGGAUGGCAAGGCGGAAGAUAUGGCCUGA